AUGGCGGCCCCAACAAUAGAGCUGCCACCCGAGGCAGUCGCAGCAGAUCUCCUCCAAAGGCACUUCCGCCAGGUCCGACACGCUAUAAGCCAGACAGCUUCCCAGGUUUCAAAACUUUCGAAGUUUGUGUCGGAGGUCAAGAGUUACGAGGUCAUGUCUCUGCUCUAUGAGAAGUCACUCAAAUUUCCGAACGCCCUUACCGCUAUAUGCGACCAGGACAACACCGAGUUUCGCGACGUGGCCAUCCUCUGGAUAGAGGAGAUGAACUUUGUGCUCAGUGGAGACUUUCACAAUCACAGGGCGACUGAGGAGCGACAGAAGUUCAAAGAAUUCCUGGUUAACCAGUCUAUACCAGGGGACGCAGGGCGCGACCACGUCCGCCGGAUGACUGUUCCUGGGUUCUCGCGAAGUACCACGGAUAAAGUGCUCGAGGUCUUGUUGAGGUGCCGCAAUCUGAAGCAGCUCACUCUUGGCAUCCGCAUGGAUGACGUCGCCCACUGGAUUCCCACGAAUGACUGGGAUGCUCUGCAAGACAACGUCGCCAACUAUGCCACUACUGUGGGCAUUGACCGCUUGCACACGUCCAAGAUCGAAGAGCUAACGUUCGUCAAGACGCCUAGUGAGAGUCAUCUAGCCAAGAAGCAACAUCCCACAGUGAUGGAUGAUUGGCUGCUUGCUCUGGCUCAGCACGUCAAAGAGUCCACCAGGGACGCCCAUGGCCCCCGUGUCUUUGUUGACAUGGAAGACUUCCUCCAUGGUCAAGCUGUAGAGGUGUAG